AAAAACAUGCAAGGCCAGGCGACUGUCAGUCGUCUGUCACUCUGUACGAGGGGGCGUUAUUUGAAAUAAAGAUUGUGAAGAUAAAAGAUUCGCAGAAUUAUCGCACGACUGAGUUUGUCUACCUUUGAAAGCGAGUCAAUCACGCUUCAGUAUGCAUUGGCGAAUCUUCCUCGCCACUGUUAUCUAUGUAAAUGGAAUUCAUGCGUCAGGAAUCCUCUACCCCAGACCGUCUGAAUCAAGGGAAACGCUAACCUUGGAUGGAAUUUGGAAAUUUGCGAUCGCUAACAGAACAGAACAAGAUAAAGGUUUUAAAGAAAAGUGGUAUGCAGUCCCUCUUCAUCACAAUGUAGAAGUCAUCGACAUGCCAGUACCAUCAAGUUAUAAUGAUGUAACUCAAGAUCCAAAAAUUAGGGAUCAUAUUGGCUGGGCUUGGUAUCAAAGGGAGUUUUUCCUUCCCAAAAGCUGGAAAUCACAGCGAGUCACCAUCAGGUUUGGCAGUGUCAAUUAUUAUGCAGUAGUGUGGAUCAAUGGUGUUGAAGUAACCAAUCACUCAGGAGGUUAUUUGCCUUUCACGGUCAAAAUUACUGACUAUUUGAAAUUUGGACACUUAAACUGGAUCACAGUAGCUGUUAACAACACACUCACUCCAUGGACCAUCCCUCAGGGGAAAAUUGUUUACCACAACGACUCUCAACGCUACCCCGCAGGCUAUUAUGAGCAACAAUAUAACUUUGAUUUCUUCAAUUUUGCGGGCAUUCACCGUCCUGUCGUAUUAUCUGCAACGCCAAAAACUUAUAUAGACGAUAUAACCAUCAACACUACAAGUGUGACGGAUUCUCUUGGCGUUAUAUUCUACUCGGUUGAGCUAGGAGGCCCGAAGAUUGCCGCUUACUCAGUCGUUGCAGAAAUUUAUGAUGCACAGCACCGCCUCGUUGGUCAAGCUAAGGGGCUCAAAGGCGAAAUCAGCAUUAAUAAUCCAAACUUGUGGUGGCCCCGAGGAAUGAACGAGUCAGUCGGAUACCUUUACACGCUCAAGAUUCAGCUAUGGAACGAUGCCAAAAACGUUGAGGGUGAUGUUUACCGACUUCCAUUUGGUAUUCGUUUUAUCGAAUGGAAUUCAACCGGUGUUUACAUAAAUGGAAAAAGCGUCUAUUUUAAAGGAUUUGGCCGGCACGAAGAUGCAAUUCUGAGAGGCCGUGGCUUGGACCUGGUCACAUUAACCAAGGAUUAUAAUUUGAUGCGAUGGAUUGAAGCCAAUGCAUUCCGCACUUCACACUAUCCCUACUCAGAAGAACUAAUGGAUUUGGCCGAUCAACAAGGAUUUCUAGUUAUUGAUGAAGUCCCAGCUGUUGGGCUUGAUAACUUCGAUGAUGAACUUUUGGAAGCCCACAUGCAGACCUUGAAGGAACUGGUUCAACGCGACAAAAAUCGCCCUGCAGUUGUAGUGUGGUCAAUUGGCAACGAACCCCAAUCACAAAAACAAGUCUCAGCGCACUAUUUUGAUACUAUUGUCAAGCUAGUCCAUCGACUAGAUUCAUCGAGGCCUGUGACUUUAGUUCUGAACAAACCAAGUACCCAAGAUGUUGCUGCCCAGUUUCUGGACGUUAUUUGCAUAAAUCGUUAUUUCGGUUGGUACUCGGAUACCGGCCACAGCGAACUUAUAACAUACCAGAUGAUAAAAGAAGUCACAGCUUGGCAUGACAAACAUUUAAAACCGGUUUUGGUAACCGAAUAUGGCGCUGGAGCUCUUGCCGGUCUACACACAGAUCCACCUGUUGUGUGGACGGAAGAUUACCAAGUGGUCCUGAUGGAGCAGAACUUUAAAGCGUUCGACCAACUGCGUCAAAUGGGAUUUCUAAUUGGAGAAAUGAUUUGGAACUUUGCUGACUUUGCCACACCACAGGAAUACUUCCGGCCAACUGGAUGCAUGAAAGGCGUUUUCACUCGUGAAAGACAACCAAAAUUCGCUGCCCAUUUCCUUCGUCGUCGCUAUGCACAGCUGACCUAGCGAGGAAAACAAAGGAACUAAACGCCGCUUUUGUUCUUCAAUCCGGAAAAUCACUAGGAAUUAUCCCGUAAAACACCCAUCGUUCAUUGUCGGUGUAAUAGGAUAUCGAACUUGGGCAUUUAAAAAUUUUUCUCAUCAAAGUGGAAAAGCUUAGUGUAUGGCAAGGGCACAAGAGUAGACUAUUGAAAUCAAGCCGAAAAGCAAC